AAGUAUGUGUUUAAUUUAAUAGAAAAUGGUUAGCGCAUUUUAUAACUGGAUGCAAGUAUAAUUUGCAAAGAUCAAAGCAAGUUAUUGAUUCAUACUUCGUAGCACGGGCAGAAUUUCCAGAGUUUUUUGGCUCUUUUACUAGGGAACAGCUAAAAGAAGCUACUAAACAAGGAUCUGUAUGUUUGUUCCCGAAACUGACGCCAGAGGGUAACAGAAUUUUCUGUACCAUGACCCGCCAAUCGUCGGACGAUGAAAAAUAUGAUGUUAUGCUGUUUUGUCAAGUGUCCAUCGCCAUUUUAGACUUACAGCUUAAAUUGGAGCCCAUGUACGGGAACAUUAUUUUGUAUGACCUGAAACACAUUCGACUAGCUCAAUUCAUGGCCUUCACGCCCACUUUGACAAAACAUCUGUUGAGAUGUUGCAUUGAUUCGUUCCCACUGCGAGUUAAAACUGUCCACUACAUAAAUCCGCCAAAGUUCAUGAGCCGCCUUAUAACAUUCUUUAAGCUAUUUGUAUCGAACAAAAUCAGAGACAGGAUAUUUGUACACGAUUCACUGGAAGAUUUAUACCAAUACAUUCCAAAAGAUGUAUUACCAGACAUUUAUGGUGGCUGCGGCGGAAAUCUAGAAAAAUAUGAAGAGGAUAUGUUGGAACUGUUGAUGGCUAACAAAGAAUGGUUGGAAGCACGACCAAAGGCCAACUUGUCGAAACGACCAGAACAUAUAAAAAAAGACGAAUUGGACAUGAAUGGUACAUUCAAACAAUUACAGAUUGAUUGAAUUUUCAAUUUAAGAUACUUUAGU